AUGGCAUCCCAUGAUCAGAGCUACAGAGCUGGUGAAACUGAAGGCCGAGUUGAGGAUAACACCAACUCUGCUAUGGGCUCAUUAGGGGAAAAGGCCAGAGAAGACGAGGACAAGACUUAUGAGACGGCCGAGGCUGCCAAAGAGAAGACCUCAAGCGCAGCCCAGUCAGCCAAUGAAAAGGCCUCCCGAGCCACCGAGGCCGCGAAGGAGAAGACCAAGGAGAUGGCCCAAGCGGCCGGCAAGAAAGCCGAGCCCGGUAAGGAGAAGACCGGUGGGAUAAUCCAGAAGACGGGGGAGCAAGUGAAGAGCAUGGCCCAAGGUGCACUAGAUACUUUGAAGCACACUGCUGGCAGGGGCGACUCUAGGAAUUUUUCUCAGGGUGUUCCUUGA